GUUGAAUUCUCGCGGCGGUUAGAUCAAAAUUUCUAAGAUUUUUAGCCGACUCGCACAAAUUGCAAUCCGAGUCAUUUUAUGAAAUGAUUUAUACAAAAAAAUCUCCGAAAACAACUGAGACCACCGCCAAGCAGGCAACACCACCUACGCUGACGUUGUAGUAAGAAAAAAAUACGAAGCAAAAAGUGAAAUAACGACAAACAGCAACUUGGCCAACUUUAGCACCUCGACUAGCUGCCUACUCAAAAUUGCGCGGAUAUAGAUGUAUGGCAAAUAACCUAACAACAACAACCAUCGAAUAUAACUAAAAAAAAUUAUCGAAGCCUGAAACGACAAUCACUACUCUCGCAAUAAAUAAUGACGAAUUCUAAUUAAGUUGUUCAUUGAGAAAAAUUUACAAAAACAAAACCAAAAUAAAAGCAGUGCGUCCGCAGUUAUUGAUCGAUAAAUAAUUUGAAAGAAAUAAAAACACAAAACACCAUCAACACGCAAUCGCGCAUCCCAAACGCGCAUAAUAGGCGAAGCUGAGCAACGGAAUACCACAGAAGUGAGUGAACAUGAAAAAACUAUUCCAAGCGACCACACGACAGCGGUCGUUACCGGCAGCACGCCACAGCAACAACUAUUACAUCACCAAAACUACCUCCGGAUGGAUGAUCUUGUUGGCCAUCUGCUGUGCGGUGUUAGUGUGGCCUAUGGCCACGGCUUACAAUGUUGAUAUACCCACGUAUGUCAUCCACCAGCGUCCAGAACACAAUACCAUGUUUGGUUUCAGUAUCGCCCUGCACAAGGGUCCAUACCAAAAUUCCUUGGUGGUGGGAGCACCUAAAUUUGAUACCUCUUCAUUCCAAGAAGGCGUGAAGGAAGCAGGUGCUGUCUUCAAUUGUGGCAUGGAUGAUGAUCAAUGCACUUUGGUGAGAUUCGAUUCGUCAAGCAACAAUCGCAACACACAUGGAGAUGUGAUUGAUCGCAAGUCAUAUCAGUGGCUCGGUGCAACAGUAGCCACAAGUAAAGAUAAUGAUUUUGUUGUGGCUUGUGCUCCUCGUUAUGUUUUCCAUACAAUAACGCCAACGAAGAACUUACGCUGGGAUCCCAUCGGUACAUGCUUCACCACCAGGAACUUUACCCAUUUCAAAGAGGUCUCUCCAUGCCGUACAAAUAACUGGGGCUAUCAUCGCCAAGGCUAUUGUCAAGCUGGUUUCAGUGCAGCCGCCACAGCGAACGGCGAUCGUUUAUACAUUGGUGCUCCAGGUAGCUGGUAUUGGCAAGGACAAUCCUACUCCGUGUCACCAAAUGCCACCUUCCCAUAUAAGCCGCCUUUUUAUCAGCCUUUCGGCACCGGAGGUCAAACCUACUCACAGGAUGUCACGAGACCGGAAAAUCAAGUCUACUCCACAGCCGAGAGCAGUUCUAGCGAUGACGAUUCCUAUUUGGGCUAUUCCAUGGUCUCGGGCCACUUUAAUGGCGAUGGUAUUGAAGAUGUGGCCAUUGGCAUGCCACGCGGCGCCGGUUUGCUGGGCAAGAUCGUUGUCAACCAAUGGAACAUGGUGAAUAUUUUUAAUAUCACGGGCCGUCAAAUUGGUGAAUACUUUGGCUAUGCUUUGGCCACUUCGGAUGUGGAUGGUGAUGGUUUUGACGAUUUAAUCAUUGGUGCUCCCAUGUAUAGUGAGCACGGCAACACUGAGGGCAAAUAUGAUGUGGGCCGUGUCUACAUUCUAUUGCAAAAACGUGGAGCGGAACGCUGGUCCGUUGAACAUAUACGCGAUGGUUACAAUACGAAGGGCCGUUUUGGCUUGGCCCUAACCACUUUGGGUGACAUCAAUCGCGAUGGCUAUGGCGACUUUGCUGUAGGUGCUCCCUACGAUGGUGCUUUUGGUCGUGGAGUAGUUUACAUAUUCCAUGGCUCAGCAAAUGGUCCUCUGCAGAAGCCUUCGCAGAUAAUCAGGGCCGAGGAUGUUGUGGGUGUGGCUCCUUAUCCAAGUACUUUUGGCUUCGCUCUCUCCGGUGGCAUUGAUAUGGAUGGUAAUACCUAUCCAGAUUUGGCAGUAGGUGCUUACACAUCUGCCCAGGUGUUCAUAUUUAAAUCGCGGCCUGUGGCCGCCGUGGACGCCGCUACGUACUUCAACAGCGCCUCCAAACUUAUCAAUCUAGAAGAUAAGGCUUGCAGUUCGAAGCGAGAUGGCAGAGCUGUACCUUGCACCAAUCUGACAACCUGCUGGAGCUACAAGGGUGAGCACCUGCCGUCGAGAUUGAACUUCACCGUGUCCUGGGUGCUGGAUGCCAAGAAAACGAAAAAUCCCCGCAUGUUUUUCAUGUCCAAUCUGAACAAUAUGCGUUCCAUGUUUAUUGCCCUAAAUUACGGCCAACAGUUCUGCCACACCGAGACCGUGUACAUUGACAAUGUGGAAGACAAAUUGACACCAUUGGAAGUGGAGACCCGCUAUAAUCUCACCAGCAACAUGGAGCCUGUGCACAUGGUUAGACGCCGUCGUGCAGCUCUCGAACCUGUCAUCGAUCAAAAUCGUGAAACAGUCCAGAGGGACACCAUCAACAUUCAGAAGAAUUGUGGAGCCGAUAAUAUCUGUGUGCCCGAUCUUAAAUUGGAAAUUAAGACUGUGGACAAAUAUUUGUCUGGCUCUCCGGAUCCUUUGACCAUUGACGUUUUCAUUUCUAACAACAACGAGGAUGCCUUCGAGGCCGCCUUCUAUUUGGUUAUGCCCAAGGAUUUGGACUACAUGAAGAUGGAGAAAAUCGCGGACACCAAUGAUGCCACCAUUACCUGCACAGUUCCCUCCAAUGACAACCACUAUACCUUGAAGUGUGACAUAGGUAAUCCCUUGCCCGCCAAAAAGGUGGCCAACUUCAGGGUAUACAUGAUGCCCUCGAUGAGAAGGGGCAUGUCGCCCAGCUACGAGUUCUACAUGGAGGCCAAUUCGACCAAUGCCGAAAAGGAUGGCUCCACUAUGGACAACAUCAUAUCGAAGAAUAUCAGCAUCUGGGUAGAGACGGAUUUGGCCAUUGAUGGUACCUCAUUGCCAGACUUUGAUCUCUACAAGGCCUCUGACUACAAGUCGCUGGAGAAUGCCACCAAGGAGGAGGAUUUGGGUCCCCAGGUAGUGCAUUUGUAUAACUUCUUCAAUAAUGGACCCUCUGAGAUUGUCGAGGCGGUAAUGCUCAUCCACUAUCCCCACCAAACUGUGGCUGGCGACACACUCAUGUACAUGACCAACCAGCCCGAAACUUCGGGAAGCAUUGUAUGCGACCCCCAUAUUGCUGUCAAUCCCUGGAAUUUGCAAUUGGAUCAGAAUCUAGUACGCAAGUCUUAUUUGGCCGAAAGGGGGGCCGUGGGAACAUCUUCCUCGUGGGGCUAUAUUGAAAAGUCUUAUGGACAUGCUGGUGGUGCCACAGGAGUUACGAUAGGAGCAGGCAGAGUAUUGACUGAAGAGGAAAAGAGGCGACUGGAACAUGAGGAUGCUCAGGUUGAGUCUGGAGACGGUUCUCGCAUCCAUGCCAUGCGUGCUAAUCAAGCUGCCCAGUCCGGAGGAUCCACUGGCGGAGGCAGAUGGCAUUGGGAUUGGAACACAACCACAACUUAUGAUGAUGGUCGUCACACGGGCACAGUCACAAUGAAGAAUGGAUCCUCUGCCAACUAUGGUGAUCAAAGAAUAGCCCAAGCUGGCGCAGGAAUGUACGGUGGCCAACAAUACUACGGCAACUAUAAUCAACAACAGGGUGGAAAUGUGCAAGGCCACAAUGUGGGUGGCGUUCAGCAGCAAUAUGGCAACCAUCAGCAACAAGGUGGAGUAGUUACUAAUGCCAAUAUACAAGGACAAGGUGCAAUGGGCAAUGGCCAGGUUACUGCGCAGGGUGAAAAUAUGGGGGCUCACAAUGUGAGGCAACACAUCCAAAUGGCCAACCCCUCCCAAAGUCAGGGACAAUAUCAAAGCACUCACUACGUUUCCGGGCAGCCGCAGAGAACCACCUACACCUAUACCUCCUCGGGUGGAAGGUAUCCCCAGCAACAGCAGCAGGGUCAUCAACAACAGCAACAAUACGGAGUGGGUAGUGGAGCUUCCUACAAUGAAUUCUCCAAUAAUGGCGGAGCUGACUUUGGAAAAAUUGCUGCAGGAGGCGGCGGUUUCCGUGCCGGCACCAUGGACCUUGGUACCCUCAAUCGUGGCAAUGUCGAUGAUGAAAUACGAGCCCAAGGCGGUGCUGCUGGAGGUGGUGGUGGCGGCAAUAGUUAUACCUAUCAUUAUUCCUCCGGAAGCCCCCAAACACAUACCACCUAUCAGCAGUCUUCUCACUCGUCUUCAUCUGGUACGCCGCAAAUGCAAGGCAGUUAUCAUCAGUCGUACCACUCCUCAUCGGGAUCGCCCCAAACCCAUGCCAGCUAUCAGCAGUCCUCUCACUCCUCCUCCGGAAGCAGCAAUUUUGACAAUAAGCCCUACUAUGGUACAGACUACUACGAUGACUUCACCGAUCCCAUUCAAAUGCAAAACAGCCCAAGUGCUCCCAGCAGAACGCGUCGCGAUGAACCCGAAGAAAUUGGACUCAACUCUCCCUGUCGCGCAACCAAAUGUGAAACUCUGCGCUGCGUGGCUCGCAAUCUCAAGAAGGGCGAUCAGGUUUGGGUGGGUAUACGCACACGCAUGGUUGCCAAGACCAUGGAGAAGAUAGCAGGCAGUGUUCCAUUGAACAUAUCCACCAUGGCGGUGUCGCAUGUCACCAAGCUACCCAACAUAGGCACACCCACCGAUGACAUCAUAAGAACGCAUGAGAUCUACUACAAAGCUAUACCUGAGCCCACCCCGGUGCCGGAUGUGGUACCCUUGUGGGUGGUGGUGUUGGCAGCAUGUGUGGGAGCGCUGAUACUUCUGCUGCUGAUAUUCCUGCUUUACAAGGUGGGCUUCUUCAAUCGCAAUCGGCCUGCCGAUCAUACCAUGGAGCGACAACCAUUGCGAAAUGGCUACCACGGCGAUGAACAUCUGUAAGGAUAGAUUGGAACUGCUGCUAUCCGUUUACCACAUCUACAACAAAGAGCUCUUAGAGUUCUCUGCGUCUAAUUAUGUGUUGCUUUUAUGAAAAUACAAAAAAAAAAAACGAAACAAAAAUCCAUUGGACCAUGUGGCAACUUUGUACCCAUCCCGCCUUCCACACUCAACAUCCAAAUACCCACCCAUCCCCGCACAAACUGUGAUGGACUUUUCAAAAAAGUCCACACAAAAGCCAAAGUUGCUUCCGCAUGGUCCAUAGUGUCUGUGCCUGCCUUUUGAACAUAUCUGUCAUCUGUCUCUAUUAACAAACGCGCUGCAGCGCCCAAGCCACAGGAAUGCAGCUGGAAUUUAUUAUUUUUUUUUAUCUUACAACUAACGGCUCCUAGUCACCAAAAACAAACAAAAACUAAACAUUUUUAUAUAUCAUUAAUUUUUUUGCCAUAAAACACGAACGAAGCGCGUGAUUUGACUUAGCCAAGCCAGGCAACCCACCCGUGUCGGGUGAAGACCGUCACUCCGUCCUGAUCCUGGUUUUUGCCCUUUGCGGAUCAGUUCGGUCUGUGUCAACUACCCACCCACACCUCCUCAACUCUAUGAUGGUGAAGUUGUGGAAGAGCAAACCAACAAACAAACAUAAGCUAAAGAUUUGUUUUAUCGAUCUAUUUAAUAGAGAAUAAUAAGAAAUCUGUUGACAAAUGUAUUUUAGAGAGACAAAGAAAGCGAGAAAGAGAGAGAGCGAGAGAGAAAAAACCGAAAAUGAUAAUCAAACCAUUAAACAAAAGUGCUAAAAUUAUUUAUAAUUAAAAUUAAAACUAAUAAAACUAAUUUUAUACAAUGGACGAUUAAAUGAAAACUAUGAUUAAAACAGGGCGACGUCUUUGUCGCUUGUGCGAACACUUUUGAUCGCAAGUGUAUGGGUAGUGAAUGUUGUUAUUCUGUUUUUUUUUUUUUUUGUAACUUUUUUUAAAUGUAAGCUUGCGUGAAUGAUAUGAACGAGUGAAUGAGAUGUGUUAAAUUAUUGCCAUCCAAUAAACGUAGGGUAGACAUUUUUCCAAAUUCGCCUUGAAUUCAACUUGGUUUUCUCUUUGCCCAUGUUAUAUUUCAAUUUGAUUAACAAGAUUGAAAUUUAAACAUUUUUAGUUGUAUUCAAUGUGGAUAAUUCUGAAUCUUAAAUUAGUGUUUAUUUCAAUUCCAUACAUUUUUGAAACUUUUUAUUUUCCGGAACAAUGUCAUACAACAAAGCUCGAUUGACUUCAGUAAAAGAUUUCUCAAGUUGGAACUCUUAAAAUGAUGUUAAAAUAGCCCUAAAUUGAUUUGAAAUUGUUGAAGAACUCCACACUUUUUCUUUAUAUGUUUACAUGAAUCCAGCGCUAUUUAUUCGUUAAUUUCUUUAUAAAAACAAAAAGUAAGAAAAGAAAUGUUAAUGUAUAUUAGAAAAUUAAAAAAUUGUCCAGAUGUGUUCAACUUUUUAGAUCUUUAAAGUGAGAAAAGCUAGCAUGAAUCUCAGUAAAUAUUGGACAUUAAGAUAGAGCAUUUUGAUGAAAUACUCCGUAAAUAUUGGACAUUAGGAUAGAGCAUUCUAAUUCCACCGAUUUCUACUUGAAAGCAUAUGGAAACAAUUUUGUUUUUUGGGGAAACUUCUUGGAAAAAUCUUUAUCACAUGUUUAUAAGGGGGUUUCAUACUGUGCAAAUGUUUAUUUUGUAAUGUUUAUGUUAAUUUUUAUCAAAUGAAUUGUCCGUUUUUUUUAAGAGUGAAAAAAACAAUACCAAUAAAUUGUAAAUAAACUGUAAGCGAACUAAUUAAGUAAUAACUACAAGAAUUUCUUUUCUUUCGAUAACUCAGUUAUAAUGAAUUGUGUUCAAAAUCCUUUUCUUCUCUUGGAGACUGUUUGUUGGAUAUGGACGAUUUACAAGCAGAGUAUGGCAGUACGCUUCCAUCUACAAACAGUCAACCAGUCCAUCUUUAGUACCUUUUCCCUCCCCCUUCUAUGUAAAAUUUGUCAUUGUUUAAUUUAUUAAUUGUACUUAUUAACCGCUAACGAUUAACUUGGCUUCUAAUCUAUACUAAGUUGUAAAAAAAUAAAAACAAACAAAAAAUACCCUAAACAAAUAAAAAAGUAUUGAAAAAAAAAACAUAAAAAUUCAAAACUAAA